AUGAGUACUUUCAACAGUUACAGCCAGCCAAAGGAAAGCAAUGAUAAUAGUCAUAAUAAUGUCAACAAGAGCAAAUCGCUGUUAGAUAUAAUAUUUGGUACUAAUGUAUCGGAAUGGGCUUUUUCUGAGAAUGCUUUAAUGAAAGCUAUGGAUUUGAAAAUAGAACAAGAAAAGACUAAGCAGCAAUAUUAUAAACUUGAAAACUUGAAUCGUUCGAUAGAGUUGUUUAAGCUUGCUUCCAGUUCAGGUCUGCCCAUAAAUCAAAUACAUAAACUAUUCAACACCGACCAUGGCGUACCGGCGUCUUCGCCGAUGAAGGCAGGGGGCAAUCAACCACAUAACAAUACAGAAGGCACGCAAUCUUCAGAAAAUCUGCCCAGAUUGAAUGGUUCUAUGAAGUCAUUAAAACCUCUAAAUAUGAACACAGUGUCACCAACUCCAAUGAGUCGACAGCCCUCUCCAUAUAAGUUUCCAGCAUCAUCCUCUACCGGCGGUAUAUCACACUCCACAGUUACAAAUGUACAACGAAGAGCUAAUUCUCCUGCAAGAAUAGGUGCAUCCGCAGUUGCUGCGUUGAAUGACAAUAUUUCCAUUAAGGAGGAAGAUGUGGCUAGGCGAAUUCCCUCUGGUACAAAAUCUCAAGAAUCGCCUUUAAACAAGAAGCCGACUUCUCUUCACAGCCGUAACUUGUCACUUCCAAUAGGAAAGUUCACCAAUCCUAAUAUUCCUUCUACAAUGACAUCCAUACUAAGUUUCAAUAGAGACCAACAGCAGCCGCUAUCUCAACCACUGCCUCCUCCUCCACAACAGCAACAGGAUCUCCACACGCACAAUUUACAUACUAUACCAAGGAAACCUGGAAUGGUUCAAAAAAAGCAUAGGCGUGCAAGAUCCACAUCCUCCUUUGGAGUGAUCGAUUUAAGUAUUAUCGAUGAAGCAAAAGAAAAACAAGUACAGAGAUCACCAUCCCCUAUACAUUCUAACGUGUCCGUAGCACUUACCUCACAUGACAAACCAAUUGAAUCCAAUAUGAAGGAACAACCAAAUAUGCUGCAAUCGGUUCGUGAAGGACGUCAAGUACACGAUGACUUGGAUGACAGAACAUGCAGUGAAAGCAGUAGUAGAAACGAAAGCCCCGUAAGAACCAUCACAAAGGAUAAUUCUGUAGGCAAGAUUUUAAAUAGUACUUGA